AUUUCUUAUGGAUUUGGUUUCUUUACCAUUUCCUCCUCGCACUAAAAUGGCCACCAUCUCCAGUUGGUCUGCUUUUCCAUCCCAAGAGCAAAAGCCAUUUAUAGUUCCACUCAAAAAAGGUUCUUAUAAAUCCAUCGGAUCUAAACCUGAUAUAGCUCUUUCUGUUCAUACAAACAAGCGGCUAUUGCCAGUAGCGUGCAGCAAUUCUCAUGAAAGUUUAGAGAAUGAUCAGAGGGCAGUGGAAGCUGUCCUGAAACUUUACAUUGCAAUCAGACAGAAAAACUUGCAUCAACUUUCCGAUAUAAUUGGAGAGGAAUGUCGGUGCGUUAGCAAUUUCGUUCACACCUUGAGACCAUUCCAUGGUAAGAAGAAAGUAGUCGAUUUCUUCUCUUCGCUGAUUAAAUCCUUAGGGAGCAACAUUGAGUUUGUUGUUCAGCCCUCACUGCAUGAUGGAAUGGAUGUUGGGAUUUCAUGGAAACUAGAGUGUAGAAAGAGUCAUGCUCCUCUGGGAAAAGGUUUUAGCUUCCACAUGUGUCAUGUCUAUCAAGGGAAGGUAAUGAUAAGGAAUGUGGAGAUGUUUAUGGAGCCACUCUUUCAAAUUGAGCCGCUUAGAUUGGUAAGCAGUUAUUAAAUAUUUAGCAUACUCCGACAUUUGACCUCAGAAGUGGUUUUGUGCAGAAAAUGAUGUCUCUUUUGAUGAAUGCAAAGGAGAAGAUGGAUUAUCAAGUCAAUUUGGGAAGUAUAAGAGAGAAGAGGAUCAUGAGAACACUAUGUGCUGUAUUACUUGUGAUAGUGUUCAUAUUGUUGCUUGUGAACACUAGAUGUACCUUAAGAAAUAGAAGAAGGCUUGGAAAAUAAAAAUGCAAAUUCCAGAAAGUUUUGGUCAGAGCUUGGCAAUUUACCACUGGGUAGUAAGAGUGUCCUUGCACUGAAAGAUACAUCAACAUCUUCAAGAUACACAAGUUGAAGGGAAUACAAGAAAGACUUGUAUAGGUCAUUGAGUCAUUCUCAAUCGACUUCUGUUUAAACACAGACAUAGCUCAAAGCUUUACCAAAUCAGUUUUCCUGAAUCUUAAUGCAGUGCAUAAAUUUAA